CCUCGAUCGACGCGAUGCUGUUUACACGGGCGCGCAAGUACCUCGCGACGGCCGAGCACAACGUCAAGCUCGCGUUCCUCUUCACCAUCACCUUUUGGUCCUGCCGCAGCAUCAUCUUUCAGCAAGUGCUCUCGGGCUAUGUGUACGUCCUCACGGGCUCGAACGAACCCGUGGGCAUGGUCAAGGGUAUCCAAGGCGUCGUGCAGAUGGUCGCAGCCAUUCCUGGUGGCUACGCCUGCGACCACUUUCGCCGCGACACGGUGCUCAAGGUCUCGGCGGUGCUCGGUCUCGUGUGCAUCGCCAUGAGCAUGGUGGCCUUUGGCAUUGGCCACUUGAAUUUGAUUUACAUCACGUUUGGCUUUUGGGGCCUCUUCUGCGCGCUCCAGCGCCCGGCGCUGGAGGCGCUCUUUGCCGACUCGAUCCCGAACGGCGAGCGUGCAUACCCGAUCACGAUCAAGUACACGCUCAUGAACACGGCCAUGGUGGCCGGCCCGGCCAUUUGCAUCAUCUUUUUCCAGCUGUACGGCGACACGUGGUCGCUGGAAGGCCUCCAGUUUGUGCUCCUCGUCGGCACGGUCAUUGGCGUGCCGCCGCUUUUGCUGCUCUUCUUUUUCAACGACGACUUGGCGUAUGAGAAUUACACGAUGGCGCCGAUCAAGACGCGCGCCAUUUCGUUUGUGGACGAAGACGGCGUGCUCGAGUAUAGCUUUACCAACGCCGACGACAAGAAGGACGCGCAACCCAAGGUGUCGGAGCGCUCGAGCCUCGUGGUCGCCGACCUCUCGGACGGUGACGUCGAACGCAACGAACACGGCGAUGUGAUUGGCGAUGGCAACUCGUUCUUGUGCUUUGGCCCACGCCACGUUCCGUACUUGCUCUUCUUAUCCGACUUUAUCAUUUGCAACGGCGCGGGCAUGACGGUCAACUUUUUCCCCGUCUUCUUUCAAAACGAAUAUGGCUUGACGCCGUCCGAGGUCAACCUCCUCUUUGUGGUCCAGCCGCUCCUCGUUGUGUGCCUCGCGUUCGUCACGGAGCGCGUCGCUGCGCGUGUCGGUGGCAUUGAGACGGUGGUCACCACGCGUGUGUUUGCGACACUCUGUCUGCUUUUCAUGACGUACAUGAAGCCGCUCUGGGGCGAAAUCGGCCUCUUCCUUCUCCGGAGCGGUUUUAUGCGCUGCUCGGAGCCGCUGCGCACCUCGAUCCUCAUGGACUAUGUGCCGCAGAGUCUCCGCGGUCGCUGGAACGCACUCGAGGGCCUCACGCAGUUUACGUACUCUGGGAGCGCGGUCGUUGGCGGCUACUUGAUUGAGCGCCACGGGUACCGCUACUGCUUCUUCAUCACGUCCAUCAUCUACGCCAUCGGCAUGGUCGUCGAGCUCCUCCUCGUGCCCAUUAUCCGCAACAAGCCCAAGGCGCCGCCCGCGAAAACAAUCGUCGCGCUGCAUUAAAAUCCAUCAACUGAUACAUUGAUACAUGUGAC